AUGACUUUGUCACAUGAAACACCCGCCUCACUAUCGAGUGCUGGCCCUGGUGGGGCUUGCAAAUGGCCAUCCAAUGAUUUCGUCGCGGGGGAGCCCCUUUUUGACAGACCUCUUACAGACUCCGACUUCGAUGCUCUACAGGAGGAAGCAGGACUGGGCCCUGCUAGUUGGUGGCUCGACCCAUUUCUGGCUACAAACAAAUCAGGUGAAUUUGUUGACACGCCUACCUACGAGGACGAAGUGGCUCUCCUUGCCUGGGCUAGAGAACCCUUUGAGUCUGCUGGCGAGAUCCGCGAUGCUUCGCAUGGUCUGCUGAAUCGUCUAAACGAGUUGAUUCACCUCCAAAAUCUUGCCCAAACUGCUUCACAGAAAAAAACUGAGGCUUUAACCAAGGCACCCAUAACUCUUUCUUCGACGUUUCAUAACUUCCAGGAGUCCCUAAACGUGCUCAAAGAAAACCUAGCUCAAAAUAGCAAUGGCAAUAAACAACUGGCGGACAGUUAUGAUGGAUCAGAUAAUCCGCUGACUCACACUUACGACGCAGAUGACUUGAGCGACGUGUUUCCUAGCGUUCGCGGUUCCCUUGAUAGUCGUCAGAGCCACGAGACCUUCAAUCCAAAACCACCUCCCCUGAAUAAGUCUGCCCAUGGACCCAGUACAGGACCCCGUCGCCCGACUUACAACGUCAAUGCAACUUCCCACUCAACCAACCGCACGUUUGACAUUCUUGAAAUAGCGCGCCAAGAGGAGGACAGUCUACGUGCAUCGGCGGCGCGCAGUGAACAGCGUUCGAACAGUGGCCAAAAUUCUCUCCGUGGCUCGGCUGAGGUCUCCUCCGCUGCUGGCCGCGCUCAACGUUUUGCAUUUUCGGAGAAAUUUGCACCACGAUCCAGUGAAUCACCCUCCCGAAGUCACGCCAGCAACACUUCAGCCUCUCGCGAUGAUCCUCGUGGAAGUGGAUCUCGUAAAGGCCUGCCUGCCAUUCCGGCUAGUCCACUCGAUUUGGCUGUACACAAGACGUCGGAUGUCGGCCCCUCUGUACUGUCUUCAUUUCAGCUGCCGACAGGGGAGAAGGAAGUGCCAGCUGAAGCCUCUGCGGCUCGUAGUCGUCCGCCAAUUGACAGAAAACGAGCUGCGUUAGGUAGCAGUUCGGCGACCGAUCUGCUGGACAGUCAAAAGCUUUCCACGUCAAACACUAGCCUGCGAAGCAUCACUUCGGAAGAAAUUCUGAAGAUAGUAGCGGAGCAAACCAAGUCGCUGCGUGCCUCGGCUGAGGAGAUGCUGAAAGUGGCAAGAUCUAAAAACUCCCUCAGUAAGUCUUCGGAGGGUCUGAUGACUUUGAGAAAGUCAGCAGAUAAUCUGUCAACUUCUGUUGGUGAUGGUGGUGCCAGUCCUGCUCGAGCCGCCUCACCGGCCAAGUCGGUUACGAUGCCCACGCGUAGCUACAGUCCACUAGGCCUUCUCGAAUCUCAGGACGGCAAAAAUGAAGCUAAGGAUAAGUCGGCGAAGGUUGCUCCGGACUCAGGAGCUCCUAUUACUGACCCCUUCCAAUUGGCAAAACAACAGGCCGCUAGCCUGCGUGAGUCCAAGGAGAGUUUUGACCGCAGAACCAGGACACUUUAUUCAGAAGAUUUUAAUGAAGAUAUUGAAGAGCCUGCUGUGGAUAAAGUGGAGCAGACAAGUUCAACCGACAGUGCACAAUCGGCCUCAGCCCGC